GACCACAAAGAGAAGAAAAAUGUAACUUGAGUAUAAAUAAACUUGAAUAUACAGUAUUUUUACGUACAUAAUUUUAUUGCAAUAAAUCGGAUACGAGUUAAUAUAUAAUAGAUAUACCGGAUUCUUUCUUUAAUAGAGUUAAAUUCUGGAUGAAAAAUGGCUGGAUUUCGGUGUAUGAUUGUAAUUGCUUUGUGUCUGAGUGCAUGCCAAGCUUUUGAUGUUUUGUAUGAAACUGUCGGCAACAAAACCUGCAGACAUACCUUGAAAACAGAGGUCAUGGAUAAACACUGCUCCACCGAACUUCGAGUGGUCGCCGCUAUGAUCAUUGUCCCGCAUAUACACCCGUUCUCCGUCCUGCCCAAUUGUAUGAACUGUUCAGUCACACUUGUAGUCCCCGAAGAUCAACAGGUAGUCGCAACCCUGUAUAAAGUAGAAACGCAAACUUCAAGCGACGGCACAUGCGGUUUGAACAGGCUUGACAUUUACGAUGGUGAUAAUGAAAAUUCAAUCAAUCGUUUAUCCGGUAAAGAUGGUAUUUGCGGUUGUAAGUUUCCAUCAGGCGGCGAGUUUAAGUCCAGCAACAACACCAUGACGUUGCAUUUCCAAACUUCUUGUGAGAGCAUGAGCACUCAGCAUGGCGUGUUGGAACUAAUUAUAACGCCAGUCAAGAAUGAUAUGUUUAAUGUAACAGAAUGUAACGGACAAUUUGAAUGCCAGAACGGAGAAUGUAUAAAUAAAAAUCUUGUGUGUAACGAUGAGUACAACUGCAAAGAUCACUCGGAUGAGACCAACUGUCACAUCCGUAACGGCACAUGUCCAGGACAAUUUGAAUGUACAAACGGAAGUUGUAUCGAUAAAAAUCUCGUCUGUAACGGAAUUAACAAUUGUCCAGAUGGGUCGGACGAGAAAGGAUGUCGCAAACAUGAAAAUGUAACCUGUCCUGGAAAGUUUGAAUGUUCGGAUGGCAAAUGCAUUGACAAGAAUAAAGUCUGUAACGGAGAAAAUGACUGUCCGGACAAAUCGGACGAAACCGGAUGUCACAUGAAUAUCAACCGUAUCUUGUUGUAUGUCUUGUUAGGAUUUGCAGGUUUUAUUGUGCUCUUACUUAUCGUUAUCGUCAUCGUUCUGUGCUGCAAGUAUUGUUGUAUAUCCUUCAGGAUGGCAUCAGUCUAUCGAAGACUUAGCUAGAUCAGCUUGGGGCCAACUGGACAGUAAAAUAUAUCUAAACAUUCUUAUACAUUGUAAUGCAGUACAGCAAAUUAAUAUAUCCUACAUUAAUUCAUAAGCUAUAAUGUAUGUCGCUGGUAGGAAGCUGUAUGCUAAACACUUACUAAAUUGAACGGUUUCUCGAAAUACCCAAAACUAUUUGCAUCAAGCAUAUAUGAGCCGCAGCAUAAGAAAACCAACAUAGUGCAUUUGCGACCAGCAUGGAUCCAGACCAGCCCGCGCAUCCACGCAGUCUGGUCAGGAUCCAUGCUAUUCGCUAACGGUUUCUCUAAUUGCAAUAGGCUUUGAAAGCGAACAGCAUGGAUCCUGACCAGACUGUGCGGAUGCGCAGGCUGGUCUGGAUCCAUGCUGGUCGCAAAUGCACUAUGUUGAUUUUCUCAUGGUGUUGCUCAAUUAUUUAUUUUACAUGUAUAAUUACCCGUAUGCAAAAUUCCUUAGUUCUAUAAAUAUCACAAAUAACCAGUUGAAUAUAAAUGCCUUUAAAGUACAUCUAUCUAUUUUAUUUAAAAAACGUACCCGGGCCAAACACGUAACCCCUGACACUUAAGGUUGGUCUUCAAAACCCCAAACACUGUAAACUUUCACCUAUUUAAGCCAGUGCAACCUAGAAUAUUUUGAACAAAAUUACAUGUAUCUGACUCACCAUUUUCAAAGAACUGUUACAUAUCUUUGUUUUGGUGCGUUUGCAAUAAUGCCACAGUGCUGAAAUUUCACAAUUAGGUUGAACGUAGUUUUCAGCAAUUGUUAAUUUUUAUUUCACAAAUUACAAAUGGUAUUCAUUUUUAAAAGGGGACAACUUGUUAAGAAUAUUUAAGUAUCCACCGUACGGGACAGUACGACAAAACAUGUAAUGGUCAGGAUUGUUGGUAAAGAUGUUGUUAUUUAUCAAAUAUUUAUGUGUUUUGAAGAUAUACUCCUAAACCUUAACACUGUUUAAUGUAAGAAAAAUCAUAACACAAGUUUAUUUCAUGUAGCCUCAUCUACAUCAAUGUGGUUGGAUUGGAAAUAAACAGAACUUCAAAUAAAAUGAGCCGCGCAAUGAAAAACCCAACAUAGUGCAUUUGCGACCAGCUGGAUCCAGACCAGGAUCCAUGCUGUUCGCUUUCAAAGCCUGUUGCAAUUAGAGAAACCGUGAAGCGAACAGUCUGGAUCCAUGCUGGUUGCAAAUGCGCCAUGUUGGUUUUCUCACGGUGCAGCUCAAAUGGUACUAACAUUCAUGUAAUGAAUUAUUGAUAAGUUUUCAAUGAAAGCUUGUUUUCAGAUCCAUUGUAAACUUGAUUGUAUGUAUGUGAAUAUGUGCAUGAUAUAUCAAUAAAAUACUGUUUAAAAUAACAUAUAAUUCAUGUAAUGAGAUGCUAUAUUGCAGAGAACAGCGAAAUAAAUUUCCUUUCUGUA